AACGUAUGCUAUAGCAGUCUGCAAUUGCCAGUAAAUGUCUUUGAACAUUGAAGCUAAGCCAUGUUCUUUUCUUUGUUUUAACCGUUAGCAACUUGGAAUUGGAAAGCUCUAAUUUUUUUUUUCAUUUUUUCAAAGAACCCAUUAAUCCUGAAAUGGUUGAGAAAUCAUUUUCAUGUUGGCAAAUGGGUAGCUUUCAGAGAGGUGGUUGAUGGGUUUGUUUUCUGUUUCUAUUCUAUUUUUUCAAUGCUUUACAUUAUCAAAACCUCAUCAGUCUUUGUCCAUUUUUUAUGUGCUGUUAUAUGUCUCUUCUUCAUUGCAAACACUACUUUUUUUUGGUUUUCAACUUAAUUACUAUUAAUUUCGAUUGGUAUGGUAGCAUUUAAGAAUACUCAAUUAUCCAUUCUUUUGAGCUUCUCUCUGGAGGUUAUACUCGCUUGUUUUGCUUCGGCUUUUGCCUUCUAAUACCAGGCUUGAACUUAAACAUCCAGUUAUUUAUGCUAGUUUUUGUAAAUUCUCUUUAGUUUGGUGAUUAUUUUUAUCUAAAAGAAAUUUAAUUUUCACUUCUUGGGUUAUUUAAAACCAAUUUGGAUGAGAUAGCAUGUUCGUUUCAUGGUUUGGAAGGUCUGGGAACAAAUCAUGUAGGUGUCAUUUCUACUCCAUCAAUGCAGUUGCAGCUGGAGUGGGGACUAAGGUCUCUGAUGCCAUUAUUUUGAAAAAUCAAUUAGUGCUCUGUAGAGUGUAGACCACGUGUAUUUAAUAUUUGAAGUAACUAUAUUAUAAUGGCAGCUGCUAAUUUGGUAGGCCUUGUAUGUUUUUGCAUUUGGACGCUUAUGCGUAGCCGGCAUUUUCAUUACCUCACUUCAGUGUUGCUGUCUCCGGGACUGUAGAUGGAUGCUUAUGAAUUUUGUGAAGUUUGUUAAAGAAUUUUGGUAGAGAAUACCGGUAUUGAGUGUAUUUCAUCAUGGUAUUACUUGUUCUGUACUUGCUUGCUUGACUGCUGUGUGGAAAGGUUGAAAGUAUUAGAAUUGGCAGCCUAAGAUGUUUGUUGGCCAACCAUGAAUUCAGCAGUUCCUAUCAUGCUAUAUUUAUUUGAAAAUUUGAUAUUCUGGCCAUCACAUAUAGAGUCAGGGUAUGAAUGUAGAGGCACCAUUUUUACUUAGUUUGAGAUUCCAAUGCUAUAUCAGACAUGAUCUUUCAAUCUCUAAAGCAUCUUUACUUGUCAUCUCUGUUUGGAUAUCCAGCCCCAUAUAAAUUUACGGUAUCAUUUGAUUCAAUUAUUGUCCUUCUUCUUUGUCACAUCAAUUUUCAAACUUUUGGUUCUCAUUUGUUUUCUACAGAUUGGUAGCAUUUAAUAUCAGGGAAGUUUGAACAGUUGCCUUCUGGCCCCUAACGAAGUGUUCAGUUUGGAAUAAAUGAAGCUUGAAGUGGAAGUUGCUCUUGCUUGUGUCAUUAGCUUGAUUUGGAUUCAGCAAGGUCUUUGUGAUGAAAUUUCUAAUAUAUCAGGCAUAACCAACUGGACAUGCACAUGCUCUUCUUUAUAUCAAGGAAACCGGAGCUAUGUUCUUACAUCUAACUGUUCUAGAUCCUGUGAUUGCAGUCCAGUUCAACCAAGAGGAGAUAGGUGGACAUGUUUGUGUGCUACUGAUGGAUUCCCCAAAGUAGCAGUCGACAAUCAUGAUACUAGCUGUUUUACCGCCUGCAACUGCACUGCUGGGUCUCUUCCUGAGGCACCAGCUUCAAGAAAGCAUUAUGCUAACAGAGUUGUUGUGAUUAUUCUAUUACUAUGUGUAAUUCUCACAACUUUGGCAUUUCUUGUUUCGUUAACAUGCUAUUUCUAUCGUAAAGACAAGUGCCCAAAAUGCCCUAUCCAACCGCCAAUAUUCUCGUCAGACAAAGAAACUAGCUGCAAUAGUGCUACCAACUUAAUAAGUCAUAAGACUUCUUUGGUGUCAGAAACUAAGGUUGACAUUGGCUUUCCUACUAAACCGAUUGCAGGAUGCUUUCAAAAGGCUUCUUUCCUUUGUCGGAGCAAACCAGAGACUAUACUUGGAACAAUUUGCCAGUUCGCCUACUCUGAACUGGAAAAUGCAACCAAUAAGUUCUCCAAUUCCAACCUAAUAGGACUCGGAGGAAAUAGCUAUGUGUAUCGGGGCCAGCUCAAGGAUGGAAGAAUUGUUGCAGUCAAGCGACUUAAAGCUCAUGGAGGCCCUGAUGCAGAUUCCAUCUUUUCAACAGAGGUUGAGCUGUUGUCAAGGCUACAUCACUGUCAUGUGGUGCCCUUGCUAGGCUACUGUUUAGAAUUCAGUGGGAAACAUGCUGAGAGACUGCUGGUAUUUGAAUACAUGCCUAACGGUAAUUUGAGGGAUUGUUUGGAUGGGAUUUUGGGGGAGAAUGUGACCUGGGAAACUCGUGUUGCAAUUGCUAUUGGUGCUGCAAGGGGCUUGGAAUAUCUUCAUGAAGCAGCUGCUCCAAGAAUUUUGCAUAGAGAUGUAAAAUCCACAAAUAUUCUGCUGGACAAGAACUGGAGAGCAAAAAUAACUGAUCUUGGUAUGGCCAAACGUUUAAGAGCUGAUGGACUUCCCAGCUGUUCCAGUUCUCCAGCAAGAAUGCAGGGCACCUUUGGCUAUUUUGCCCCGGAAUACGCAAUUGUUGGAAAAGCCUCACUUAUGUCAGAUGUUUUCAGUUUUGGUGUAGUGCUCCUGGAACUGAUCACUGGUCGGCAACCCAUCCUUAAAUCUAAAAAUAAAGAAGAAAGUCUUGUCAUAUGGGCUACCCCUCGUCUAAAGGAUAGUAAGCGAGUGACCUCAGAGUUACCUGACCCACGUUUAGAAGGGAAUUUCCCAGAAGAAGAGAUGCAGAUAAUGGCUUACCUAGCCAAGGAGUGCUUGUUGUUGGACCCUGAUGCUCGCCCAACGAUGCGUGAGGUUGUGCAAAUCCUCUCAACUAUUGCUCCAGAUAAAUCUAAAAGAAGAAAUAUUCCUGUAAACUUUUUCCAGACGUCAUCCACCCAUAACAUGAAGAAUGAAGCUCUUGUAAAAAGACAUCAAAGUGUAAUUAAGGCUUUAUAUGAUACAGAGGAGCACAUGCCAACUACGUCUGUUAAGUCAGCCGAGAGCUCAUUGCAAUUAGGUAUGGAUAGUAUUGGGAUCGUCGGCAAGCAAAUAGAUACCCUUCCUGCUGAGUGUAUGGAGAGGUUGGUUCUUCUGAGUUCCAAUGCUAGGAGUUGGCGUGUCCCUGAUGAUGAAGCAGUAGACUUAACAGAACCUCGGUUUGAAUCGUUCCACAUGGCAAACGUUAAGUCCCCCUAAGAAAAACUAGAUAUCCCACUGACUGGAUUUACAUAUUUUCCACACAAGUUAGCAUUUUGGUUUUGUUCUGCUGUGUACUAGUAAGAAAGGACAUCGUAGAGGAAGUGAGUAGGUUUUUGAGAAAAUAUCCACUUUUUAUUUGUUGGGGGUAUUUGAAGAAUAGGCCACAAACAGGUUGCUUUAGUACCAUUUCAUGCGUUUGUAAAGAAAAUUAUACAAAAUUGAAAAUUCAAAUCAACUGAGGUCCCUAUAUGAUAGGCACACCAAUCUUUUUUUUUUCCUCAUGGACGUAAUUGCCAAUACAGUAAUGCACACAAAAGCAGUUGAUG